AUGGAACAUAAUACAGACCGAAAGAACGGGUUUCUCACGCCUAUAGAGCCCUGCGGGGUUAACGUUCGCAGCUUGGAUGAUAAUACAGACCAGAGGCAUUAUAUCGGAUCAGGCGAUGCAGCUAAGGAUAAUGAGAGGCAACAGGAGCCUCACAUAGUAAUAGCUACCUCAGCGCCGACACUUCAGCCUAUUUUGCCAAAGGGAGCGCGGAGGAUAGGUAAAGAUAAAAAAGGAGGAGCAGUAGCAGGAUUAAGGAAUCGCCGCAAGGAGUGGUCCAACGGACACAAACAGCAGGUCAUACCCGGUCUCGUCCGUCGCACCAGGAUCAGGCGGGGUCAUUCAACGGCAAGGACUGAGGAGGACGUGAUAGAAGACAUAAUAGAAAACAUAACGGCAGCGUCGACCAAACCAGGGCUCCGCUGCAGCCAACCCAGCCAAAUGCAACCACAGGGUUCCCCGAAACUGGCGAGCUGUAGUAGCGUGCGGAAUAGCGACGAAGCAGCAGACGAAGGGGGAGAUAGGAAGCAUCCCAAGCGUCGCCUCGGAAGGCCAAGAACCCGAACUCAAGCCUUCAUCGCCGGAGGAGUCGCCCUGCGGGCCAUACAACUCAGGAAGAUACAGCACAAGCAAGAGGAUAUACAUACGAAGGAGACAUUACGUCCAGGAGGUGGCCGUGGGGCACUCAGUCCGGGGAGAGAGGCGCGGAUUGAGAAGGGCAGGGAGCAUACGGCAAUCUGUACGGCCGGGAGGAGCGCAAGAAUAGCACACUUGGAGAGACAUCGCCCCGGCGACGUCACUACCGGUACGGGAGAUCCUGGCAGAGUCAGUACCCGUUCCAGAGUUAGAGAUAACAUCGACCUCGAAUGCGUGCCGGCGAAGGAGGAGGACGGACCAGGUCGCCAGAGAAGGGCCGCCGGCGAAACGGAUUCGCUCGGGCGUCCGCAAGGAAAGAACGGAAGAGGAGAGGAUAGAGGAUCUUACCAGCGUAUUGCGCUAUCUAGAUGA